AUGGCUAAGUUCUUGGAUUCUCGUGUGUUUGGAAUUGUCCUUUUAUCAUUGAUGAUGUCUGCACCACAAGGCCUUUUUGCAGUCAAAUACAUUGUCACAAACACCGUCCCGAACCACCCAGGCGGACAGCGGUUCAACCAGGAAAUCGGGGUUCCGUACACCCUACAACAAAUGUGUUUUAUCAAUAAAUUCAUAUGGAAACUUUUCGAUCAACCUACCGAUGCUCAGAGAAAAAAGGUGCCAGUUUUGAACGUAUACAUCUCAGAUAUCGACGAUGCAAUGGCCGAAACAAGUGGUGACAACAUAUACGUCAGUGCUAAAUUAGCCAUACAAUCCUUUCCACCAGGCAAGGCAAGAAUUGGGUUCACUUCAUUAAUGUACCAUGAAAUGACACACAUAUUCCAAUGGUCCGGUAAUGGGACCGCCCCCGGUGGACUAACCGAAGGGAUAGCAGACUACGUGAUGGUAAAAUCGAAUAUUAAUUACGAGACGAGACCUAGUCCAGGUGUAGGUGAAAAAUGGGACGAGGGAUAUGGUGUCACGGAAAGAUUUUUAGAAUAUUGUGACAGUUUAAGAGCUGGAUUUACUGCUAAAUUGAACAAUAAAAUGAGAUAUGUGUAUAGGGAUGAUUAUUUCCAUGAGUUGUUGGGAAAACCUUUAGAUAAGGUGUGGAAGGAGUACAAGGCCAAGUAUGGUAAUAUUCCAGCCUCAGAGUCUUUGUUCAGAAUAUGA